CAACCUUGAGCGCUAUCGACAACGGCAUCCUAGUUUUAUUAAUAAACACAACGCACGGAGAAAAUUUUCGAUAAAACCUUUGACUCAAUUCGCCCACAUGUUUUACUCACCGUGGGCUUCUUGUGCUUUUUGCUUCAGACAUGCCUCUGUCGAAUAUAAUACGCCGAGCGUCCACGUACAUCCUCGGCUACGAGGAAUCUUCCGAGAAAACCGGCUACGAGAACAACGAAGUGCUGUUUUGCAAAAAUAACAUCUGCGUGCACCCCCCGGCGAUGAUGCGACACGAAAACGACAUACUGCACAAUCCUGGAUAUCUGACAGUAACGGCGAAAAUAUUCGUCGAUCAGUACAAUAACAGUAAGCGGCCCACAUUGUUUUUAACUUGGAUACCGAACAGCGACCUUUCCAAAUGUAACCUGCCGCUUCAAAAUAGCAAAUACAAAAAGGAGAGCAGUUUGGAAAGCCUCAAUUCCAACGACUCAAACAAUAGUUUCUCUAACGAGAGGCCUACGACCAUAGAAUUGAAAAGUACAAAUCCGUUUUUAAAUUUCGAAGAGAAAUCAUGCGAUAGCGAUGACGGCGACAAAAUCGGAAUAAACAUCAACGUGAAUAUCUCCAAUCCCCACAUAGAAAUCAUCCAGACUCCGGAUAGCGUCAAGGAUCAAUCGGAACAGUUUCAGUUCAGUAGGUCGGCUAGUGUUACUUCGACGGACAGUCAAUACAACUGGAUCGCUACUCCGGAAUACCUCAUCCAAAAACACAACAUGACUUUUCCGGAAAGCGCUAGCAGCUCCCCGAUUUUACACAGCAGGAAUCCGCAUCGAUGUAGACGGUUCAGUGUAGACUUGAGCCAGAUGCGAUCGCUCAGGUUGUUCUUCAGCGAUAAUAGCUGCACAUGCGGACAGCUGGUAGUCGCUUCGAGGGAGUCGCAAUACAAGAUACUUCAUUUUCACCACGGCGGGUUGGAUCACUUGGCACAGGUGUUGCAUCAGUGGCACUCGCUGCUGCAUAAUAUUAAAUCCGUCAAAGGUGGCGACGAAAACUUGCCAUACCGCCACUUCAUGGUCUGCAGGCCAGAAGUGUCACAAUUAGAGUUGCAUCCGGAAGAAGGACAAAUGCCUAAAUUGACCGAUGAAAUAUUUAGGAGGCUUUUCAACCAUUCCGGGCAAAUAGAGGACGAUUUGGCACUGAGGAAGUAUGUGUUCUUUGCGGGAAUGGAUCGGGAUAUACGGAAAGAAGUGUGGCCAUUUUUACUGCACGUUUAUCCCUACAAUAGCACAUUUCAGGACCGGACACAGAUUGCAGAAAUCAGACGGCAGGAGUACGAUGAAAUUACGAGAAGGAGGUUGGACCUCAACGGGAACAACCUGAAGCACUUUAAAAGGAAAAUACAAAGCGUGGUAGAAAAGGAUGUGAUCCGAACGGAUCGAGGCAAUCCGUUUUUCUCCGGCGACGACAAUCCAAACCUGGCGAUAAUGAAGAACAUUCUCUUAAAUUACGCCAUUUAUAAUCCUGCUUUGGGGUACACGCAAGGUAUGAGCGACUUGUUAUCGCCUGUGUUAUAUGAACUAAAAGAUGAAGUGGCCGCAUUUUGGUGCUUCGUCGGGCUAAUGCAAAGGGCCGUUUUCGUCGCGACUCCUACUGAUAGAGACAUGGACCGAUGUUUGAGAUUUUUGCGUGAAUUGAUCAAAUUGAUGGUGCCCAAGUUCCACGAUCACCUAGAAAGACACAAAGACGCCAUGGAGUUGCUGUUUUGCCACAGAUGGAUAUUGCUUUGCUUCAAGAGAGAGUUUACUGAAGGGGUCGCCCUUAGAAUGUGGGAAGCGUGCUGGGCAAAUUAUUUGACAGAUUAUUUCCACCUCUUCCUCUGCUUGGCUAUCAUUUCGGUCUACGCUGACGACGUGAUUGCUCAGAACUUGAGGGCCGACGAAAUGCUGUUACAUUUCAGUUCAUUAGCAAUGUAUAUGGACGGUCAGCUAAUAGCAAGAAAGGCUAGAGGGUUGCUGCACCAGUUCAGACUGAUGAGAGAAAUUCCCUGUACGUUGAAUGGUUUGUGUAAAAAGUGCGGUCCUGGGAUAUGGGAUAGUACGCACAGUCCCCGGAUAUAUUGCACGUGUCAGGGAGCUUGUGUAAAUAGCGCGUAAAUUGAUUUCUUGCUCAAUGUAUUGUUUUGGAGUACUACGGUUGAGAUUAUUUUUAGCGGAAAAGAUUUCGCAAUACAUUUUAAUUGUUAGAAACUUUUUAGAGCAAGCUUUGACUUAUAUUUCGUUAAGAACUGAAUUCGUAAGUAAAUAACACACCUUUCGUUAACAUCAAUAGAUCUCACCACAGACAAAUACAUAACAUUACCAGUUAAUUUCAUUAAACAUUGUUACUUAUUUAAAAUUCCUAUCUACAUAGGUUUCUGUAAUAAACAGCUCUUCCGAACUUUGUAAAUUGAUUUGGACAAUUGCCUAUAAAGAUUUUAUUUGUUUACAAAUUCCCAACUUUUUCAAUUUUCAAUGAUUAUCGAUAAUUUCCAAUAUCGCUAUAACCACCAUUUUUAUAAAAUGUAUUAUAUGAGAUUGUUUUUUGUUAACAAAAUUAAAGAAUUUAGAUUGACGUCAGAAUUUCAAUUAAUUAAAAUUAAAUAUUUCGGUGAUGCCGAAUUUUUUUAUUUAGCAUAUUUUUUAUUUAGGUUUGGGUUGUGAAGCUUGAAAUUUUGACAUAAUUUCAAUUUUGCAAAUGCUGUUUUUGAAUGUAAAUUUAUUAAUGAUGAUGAUUUAAAAAUACAAAAAUCAAUCAAUUAUUUUUAAAAUAAAAGAUGUGACGGAUUUGUGAACAAAUAAACGUACUCUCUGUAUGUCGAUUAUGAGAUCCAUUCAAUUGGACAGACCAAAGUAAUUUGAAUAGCAACAGAUUUAGAUUAUCUAGACAUUUUGUUAUUUGACUCGCAUUCAGCUGCGUAUUCUGAUAUUUUACUAUCCAAAACUUCUUGUUUUUCCUGUAGCAUGAUUGAACAUUUAUAUAUUUUUAAACAGAUUGUUAAGUAGUUUUUACAUAUCGAUCGAACAUUGUUGAAAUAAAAGGAUAAGAUUUACAUGCAAUAAAGAA